CGGCCCGACACGUCCGUCCGUGCUGGCUUGUACUUGCACACCACACCACACCACCACCCAGCCUCCCCAACGAUGACGGCGGCGGCGGCACCGGCGGUCGCUAGCAGGGUGUGGGAGUGGGAGGGGAAGGUGGCGUCGGCGGUGGCCGAGGCGACGGCGGACGAGGCGUGGGCGCUGCUGUCGGACUUCCUGGCGUUCCACCGGUGGCACCCGCGCGUGGCCGCGUGCCGCCUCGCGUCCGGCACCCCGCGCGCGCCGGGCUGCGUGCGCUACUGCGAGGGCACCACCGCCGGCGGCGAGCCGGCGCCCGACUGGGCGCACGAGACGCUGCUGGAGCACGACGCCGAGCGCCGCUUCUUCCGCUACGAGAUGAACGACAACAACAUGGGCUUCGGCCUCUUCUUCGCCACGUUCCGCGUCGUCCCGGCCGCCGCCGCCGCCGGCGGGUGCGAGCUGCGCUGGGAGUUCGAGUGCGAGCCCGUGCGCGGCACGCCCAGGGACGCGCUCGUGGCGCGCCUGCAGGCCGGGCUCGACGGCAUGGCGGCGCGCGUGCGUGACCACGUCCUCGCCGCUCGCGCCGCCCCUGCCGUGGUGCCCGCCGGUGCAGCUGGUGAGCUCGUCGUCGUCAAGCUCGACAGCUCCAUCGCCGCCGUCUGAUCACUGGCCGGCGCGGCGUCGACGGCGAUCCAACACGUAUCAACGAAGAGACCGCCGUUCGCUGGUGCUCUCUCCUCUGUCUGCUCACGCGCGCCACGCUGUCGCUGCCCAUCGUGUUUCCGUUUCCUAUCUCCUCGUCGUCGUGGUUUUUAGCCCUUUGUCUGUGGCUUGUGUGCUGCUGUCUCGUCUCCAUAAUUUAUCCGUCCCUGCAUAGAUAUUGUAUGCAUGUAGUAUAACCGUGUACUCCACUGCUUUUAUCCUCUUACCCUCUUGUGCAUUUUAUUAAUUACCCUGGUACGUGUGUUGUACUAGUAUUGCUGUACCUUGGCCGGAAUAAACCAGCCUGAUCGGCUGACUUUUUUUUUU